GUGCAACACAAGUUGUUUCCUCUCCUCCGUCUACUAUCUGCUACUUUUCGUCCUCGCCUACGUCGCUCAUUUUUGUCUCUAUACCCUAUCCGUCGCCUGGUAUCCUUAUUCCUCAACGUAAACAAUGCCCGUCCAAGACCGCACCAACGAGUUCCGCGCGUGCGUCGAGUCCAUACGCAGCCGGUCCUCCGUCCCCGCGCGAGGUACAGCACAGCAGAAGCAGCGGCUGUUACAGCAGAGCAAGAGUGGAGGGAGCAAGUCGGAGUUCACGAGGAUGGCGUCUGCUAUCGGGAAGGAUAUUAGCAGCACGACAAUCAAGCUGGGGAAAUUGGCCCAACUCGCCAAGCGCAAAACGCUCUUCGAUGAUAGACCCGUGGAGAUCAGCGAACUUACCUACAUUAUCAAACAAGACAUUGCCAAUAUCAACAAGCAGAUUGCCCAGCUGCAAGCGUAUGUCAAAGAGCGCAAAGCUCAGAGUGCCAAGUCUCCAGAGGGGAAGCAGUUAGAGGAGCAUAAUCACAACGUUGUCAUGCUGCUGCAAAGCAAGCUUGCGGAUACCAGCAUGACGUUCAAGGAUGUGCUGGAGAUCAGGACGCAGAACAUGAAAGAGUCCAAGGACCGGACCGAGCAGUUCAUGCACUCCACGUCAGCAGCAGCCAGUCAGGCACCGCCAAGUUCGCUGCUCUAUGGGAAUGCACAGCGUCAUGACCCAAUGGGUGACGGAAGCACAUUCGGCCAGUCGCGCCUGGACACCAAAGGCAAGGGACGUGCGACGCCACAGAACGGCGACAUCCUCGCGCUCGACCUCCACUCCGCGGAGGAAGGCACCGCGGCACCACACGGCGAUGCGUUCAUGCAGAUGCAACUGGUUGAGCAGCAGGACAGCUAUAUUCAGACGCGCUCAACCGCCAUCGAGUCCAUCGAGUCAACGAUUGCAGAGCUCGGUCAGAUCUUCACCCAGCUUGCUCAGAUGGUGGCCGAGCAACGGGAGACCGUGCAGCGCAUUGACGCAGAUACCGUCGACAUUGCAUCUAACGUCAGCGGAGCGCAGCGAGAGCUGCUCAAGUACUACGCUAGUAUCUCGAGCAAUCGCUGGCUCAUGCUAAAGGUGUUUGGCGUGCUGAUCGUUUUCUUCCUUAUCUUCAUCCUUGUCUCAUGAUUCGGGCUGGCCCGCGUAUGUUUAUGUUCAGAUAAUAGGUCCCAUGGACAUUUAGGAGAUAGAGCAGCUAGAUUCCCACCGCGAUGUUACGCAUGCAAGAGAAAACAGCCGUGCUCGUCGAAACCAG